UAUUGAAACCAUGCAACCAACAAGCAUUUCACUAGGAUGUGUAGUAGGUGUUGUGAUACUUAGUGUUUCUAGUGCCGAAUCAUAUUCAAAUCAUAGUAGAAAUCUGGAUUAUCUGCGAAGUGAGGUUGUAUCUUUGAAGCGACAGGCAAGAUUUGUUAAGUUUCAAACUUUGGGUGAUGAUCUGAAGGUUCUAUUGGAGUUCAUAGUUCCGUUCUUCAGUGUCCCUGUGAAAAGGACAAUGGACGAUGCAUCAAGUAUGGCAAAGGGAUUCAUGAAUAUAAACGUAGGAGCUCUUGUGCUGACUGGAGUGACGAUUAUAGCAGGUGUUUCGACAGCAGCCGCCCUAUCGCAUCUAGCACGGAUGGCUAACGGACGAAUGAAAGCUAUGCGAAGUUCUGAUAUCCUGGAUGAUAUUAAUGCAUUUUCCUUUGGGGAAAAGGAAGUACAUAACGAAAAGUCAGAAUCGCCCAUGCAUGACAUUUUCACAAACAUCGACACAAUAUUUCGAGAAUUCAACAUAGAUUUAUCAACAUGUAUUCAAAAAACAACUUGUCUCCUUGUCAAGGAAUCAACUCAAAGAGUUGCUCAAGGUAAAGGGACAAAUAUAAACAAAAUAAUUGAUGGCGUGACGAGCGCGAACUGGAUAUCGACAUUCCUAUCAGGAACUAAAAUGGGAGAAGCUAUUGACAUUGGUAGAAGUAAUGAUGACUGCUCAUCUAGACAUACAACUUGCAAUUGGUCAGACAAUAGCAUUAAAGACUUCAUUGAUUCCAUGUAG